UCAUCCCACCCAAUUUCUUCCUAAUACCAAACUCCAUAUCAAUAAAUAUUUUUGUAUUCAACAACAAAGUUUUAUUUGAUGAUCAUAAUCAUAUCAGUAAUUUUUCUCCUAACAAAAAUCACCAUAGCUUAAAAAAAAAAAAAUGCAAUGACACGACAAAACUAAUUUGAAGAAUGAACCAUGCAUGUCGUGUCAACCAUAUGGAAUAACUUUUCCAGCAAGUGAGGACAAAUCCUACAAUGACCUUCUGCCAAGAAUAACACAAGUUACAUAUUGUAGUACUUGGGAAUCUGAUUAAAGAGGUAUCUGACUUACAGACCUUUUUAUUUAACCCUUUUUCUGCUUUCUUCUUUUUCCCUAAAGCUGAUAUGCAUACCCAUUUGCUCCUAUUAUUGAUUUUUAAUGUGUAAAUAAGGGAAAAGAAUGUGACCUUUUCUAAUUUCUAUCUAGUCUCUAGCUAACAAUCCAGCCUAAUUUAUUAUCUUUUACAUAAAACUUUCACAAUCUCUGACACCAGUCAUUAUACAAUCAUCAAUUCCGUGAUAUUCACUGUCCUUCAAUUCUGUAUAGGCUACUGCUUGUAUCUAUAUAAAGGGUAGUUGAGGUUCUUCACUUCCACCAAGAAGGUUAGAUGAUACAGAAUCCCCAAGAGAAUUAACCAGAGAGCCCGUAGCUCAGAAGUCCAAUCUAUAUAUUUAUAGUAAAGGAGAAAUUAAAGAAGAAGAAAAGAUGGGUCGUAAAGUAGACCAUGAUGAGAACAUUAAAGGUGAAAUGAUAAUGAAGCCACUUGAAGAAGCAGUACUGAAAGACAUGUCCACUACUAAAAAGGAUGUCAAUAAAGGAACAUGGACAGCAGAAGAAGAUAGAAAACUGGCUGAGGUUAUUGCAAUUCAUGGGACCAAAAGGUGGAAGAUAAUUGCAGCCAAAGCAGGUCUCAAUAGGUGUGGCAAGAGUUGCAGGCUACGAUGGAUGAAUUAUCUGAGACCAAACAUCAAGAGAGGCAAUAUAUCAGAACAAGAAGAAGAUUUGAUACUUAGGCUUCAUAAACUUCUUGGAAACAGGUGGUCUCUGAUUGCUGGAAGAUUACCCGGGCGAACCGACAACGAGAUAAAGAACUACUGGAAUUCUCAUUUGAGCAAGAAGAUAGAGCUGAAAGACAGACAAAGUGGAGCUUCAGAAAUCAGAGAAAUGUAUGUUGGUGAAAAAAGAAAAGUAAUGGAGAGCAAGGAGAUUAAUUUAGAAGUAAUGAAGGAAGAAGAGAUUAAUGGCUGUAAUGGAGGGGAAGGCUCACCCUCAGGGAGCUUUAAUGUUGAUGAUUUCUUUGAUUUUUCCAAUGAGGACCCACUGAACUUGGAGUGGAUGAGUAGAUUUGUUCAGCUUUGAUUCUAAGGGCUUGUUUGGCAUGGAAAUUAAGUUGAUUAGUACUCAAGGGUUUAUGUUUGUGUGCAGCUUUUUUAGCAUGAUACAAAAAGUUCACACAGCAUGUCUACUUGUUUCAAUUAAAUCUUUGUUUCAAGUGUGUUUGUUAACCUUAAAUCACUGCUACUCAAUCUACAUAAACUUCGAACAAUAAUUCACAGUAAUUAUUUCAGUUUUCUCUACUGUGAUUAUAUGGUUUUAAUUCUAGUACUUAGUACUCCAGAAGUAAAAUACUAAAUGUAUUAGAUUAAUGUGAAGGACUGCUCCAUUUAGAUCCUUCUUAAGAAAUUUAAUUUCAGUAUGUUAAAGCUCAAUAGUCUUACUGUUAAAUCAAAAAAUUCACUAGGAAAAUUUCAUUUCAUACCUUUAAAUGUAUUCCUCCUAUAUAUAAACUAAAGCAGCAAUAUACAUAACUUAAGUACAAUAAAUCAUGUUUCAACAAAUUAUACAAAAGACUAAAACAA